CUGACGUAUAGUUUCUUACACUGAUAAAGGAAAACUGCUGAAGUCAUGAGGCUGCUCCAGGCAGAGCCCUCAUCUAACAAACCUAGAAGAAGCAUCAUGUUCCAUGACUUCAUUUCACCCCAGGGGACUUCAAGCUGUCCGUGCCCAGAAGUUUAAGAGUAAAAGGCCACGGAGCAAUAGCGAUUCUUUUCAGGAAGAGGAUCUGAAGCAGAAUUUACAGUGGAGAAGGAGUCUCCCUUUUGGGGCAGCCUCAUCUUACUUGAAUUUGGAGAAGCUGGGUGAAGGUUCUUAUGCUACAGUUUACAAGGGGAUUAGCAGGAUAAAUGGACAACUAGUGGCUUUAAAAGUCAUCAGCAUGAAUGCAGAGGAAGGAGUCCCAUUUACAGCCAUCCGGGAAGCUUCUCUCCUAAAGGGUUUGAAACAUGCCAAUAUUGUGCUCCUGCAUGACAUAGUCCACACUAAAGAGACACUUACAUUCGUUUUUGAAUACAUGCACACAGAUCUGGCCCAGUAUAUGUCUCAGCAUCCAGGAGGGCUUCACCCUCACAAUGUCAGGCUUUUCAUGUUUCAACUUUUGCGGGGCCUGGCAUACAUCCACCACCAACACGUUCUUCACAGGGACCUGAAACCUCAGAACUUACUCAUCAGUCACCUGGGAGAGCUCAAACUGGCUGAUUUUGGUCUUGCUCGGGCCAAGUCCAUUCCCAGCCAGACGUACUCUUCAGAAGUUGUAACCCUCUGGUACCGCCCUCCAGAUGCCUUGCUGGGAGCCACUGAAUAUUCUUCAGAGCUGGACAUAUGGGGUGCAGGCUGUAUCUUUAUUGAAAUGUUCCAGGGUCAACCUUUGUUUCCUGGGGUUUCCAACAUCCUUGAACAGCUGGAGAAGAUCUGGGAGGUGUUGGGAGUACCUACAGAGGAUACUUGGCCUGGAGUCUCCAAGCUACCUAACUACAAUCCAGAGUGGUUCCCACUGCCUAAGCCCCAAAGCCUUCAGAUGAUCUGGAACAGGUUGGGCAGGGUUCCUGAAGCUGAAGACUUGGCCUCCCAAAUGCUGAAAGGCUUUCCUCGAGACCGGGUCUCCGCCCAGGAAGCACUUGUUCACGAUUAUUUCAGUGCCCUGCCAUCUCAGCUGCACCAGCUUCCCAAUGAGGAGUCUUUGUUUACAGUUUCAGGAGUGAGACUAAAGCCAGAAAUGUGUGACCUUUUGGCCUCCUACCGGAAAGGUCACCACCCAGCCCAGUUUAGCAAAUGCUGGUGAAAAGAAAGGGGGAGAUCACCAGGAUCCUUCCAGGGCUUCUUUGCUGCUGUUUCAGUUUUCAUUUGCUUCAGCUUAUGAAGAAAUUUGAAAGCUAACUACACACUGGACAAGGGAUUUUAUGCCAUCAUCUGGGACCUGGAAUAUUUUAACCAUUAUGUUCAAAGCAACAGUACAGGUUGUUGCUAUUGUCGUUCACCUAGAAUUUAACAUUUUGGAUCUGUGAUUGGCCCAAAAAUCUGACAGAGACUGAGAUAGCUUGAAAACAGGGCUUCUGAAUAAUUCCAUCCAUUUCUUCAUUUGAUGGAUCCCUGGGCCAGAAGGUCGGUUUCCCAAUAGGACAGAUGGGAAACUGCCAGUUGAAAGAAUUUGGAGGCAGAGCUGGUGCUUACAGAGAAGCCUGUCACUCCUGUGUUCACUUACAAUUUCCCACAACAAAAAGACUUCUGUGGCAAGGAGAGGAUUAGUCUAAAGUUUAGAAAAAUCUCCAGGGGAGAUGGUUUCUUGGAUAAAGUUGUCAACAAAAGGACUUGCUUAAGACUAUUUGUUAUGAUUUCCUAGGGAGCGCUUCUCCCAUUACUAACAGGAUUAUCAGAACCCCAGUUACACCCUCAUCCCACCCCAGCCGGGUUUUAGGAGUUUGGAUUGAGCUGCUGAUUAGAAUUGAAUUUCAGGCUCUCUCCUUAUACUGAUUCCUAAUUGUCUAUGAUGAUGACAAAAGUGAUGAGAAAUCUAAGCCCUGAUUUGAUGGUGGAGAUGCUGAGUGGAUAGACAGGAGCAAAGAGUUCCAGAGAUGUAAUUCUAACUGUGUUGCGCCACCAGACACACACGCACACGUGCACACACACGCACACGUGCACACACACGCACACGUGCACACACACACACACGUGCACACACACACACAUCGUCCUCAAGUAAAAUGAGAGAUCUGCUUCAGCUAACAUGUAUACCAUUUACUGCAAUGACUCCUUCUAAAAGAAGCUAAAAGAAACUCAAAUUACUUCUGGUAUUACUGUCUGUCUAAAGAUCAUCUACUCAGGAAAUAUAGUAGCCUGGAAACCAGAGAACCUUAUAUAUCUUUAGAAGAACAAGGAGGAACUUUUUAACAGAGAAUUUAAAAAGUAGUAACUGUGCACCCAGAGUCUGAGAUGGAAGAAAGAAAAACUCAUACGGAUAGUCCAAAGAAAUCUACCUUAAUAUCUUGGUUCUCCUAAAGUAAUUGACAAAACCUGACCAGAUAUGCCUGAAGACAAGAUGAAACAGUGUGGACUGGCUGAAGGGGAAGAUACGUGUGCUUAAAGAAUGGUGGUUAUUCCACCAAGAGAAAAAUUGAUAGUAUUGUGGCACAGGGUUCAGGCUUGAGUCCCAUCCUGGUCAAAUAUUUUUAUUAAUCACUUGAAUAAAAUCAGAGAAAAUAUAAAACGUAUUCAUACGACUCGCUGAAGUAAGUAUUGUUAGUAUUAACUUAUUACUUCCAUUUUACGGUAGAGGGAACUGAGGCUCAGAGAAGUUAAAUAACUCCUCCACAUAGGAGUAAGCCAGAGCUAAGAUACAGAUCUGUUUUACUCCAAUGUCUAUGAUCUUUCCAGCAAUCAUCAAAAAAAAACCCAUUGUCGUCGAGUCGAUUCCGACUCAUAGCAACCUACA